UGUAGCUUUAUCAUCUGUUACCAGAGAAAGUGACUGUCUGUCUGAGUGUUGGACUGAAAGUGCUGAUCAUGACAUGAUGGAUCCUACAGUUGUUGAAUUGGUUGAGCGAUGGGACGCGCUUCACAAGGAGGGUCGUUUCUCGGCCCUCAACGUGAGAGAAUAUUGGCGUAUCAAAGUCCCGGAAAUAUACUCUCCACAGCCAAACUGUAAUUGUCUAAGGAUAACAUUCGAUGAGGAAUUGGCCCAAAAAAUGCUGUUUGACCCUCUGGAGAGAUUCAUGUGUGGUGGUGACCCAGCCCAGGUGUACCAGAUGGUUAAACAGUUAGACAACCCCCCAUCUCUAUGUGGUCGAGUUUUUAAAAAUGGUGAUCCAACUUAUGGUUGUCGAGACUGUGGCAUGGAUCCCACGUGUGUCUUGUGUGCUGAUUGUUUCAAGAACUCUGCACACAGUAAACACAGGUACAAGAUCAGCACUUCAUCUGGGGGUGGCUAUUGUGACUGUGGUGACAGAGAGGCAUGGAAAACUGAUGUAUUCUGUGAUAUUCAUGUUAAGGGCCAAAUGGUACAGCAAUCACAAAACCCAUUAGAAAAGAUCCCAGCAGAUUUGACUGAGAGGAUCCACAUAAUAUUUGAUUGUAUAUUGCCAUAUGCAAAGGAACUACUUACAUGUGAAGAAGGUUUUUCCAUUCCUAAGGACCUAGAAAUUCGUGAAUCUGACCGGGAACCCACCAAUUUAUCUAGCCUUUAUGAUAUCAAAGAUACUUAUGUCACUAUGCUCUACAAUGAUGAGACACAUACUUAUGACCAGGUCAUCACCACGCUAGAGCGAGCCAUUGAUUGUACACAGAAGGAUGCUGUGGCAUUUGCAACAAGCAUAGACAGGGAAGGUCGGUGCAUUGUGAAGUGUUCUUCCUUCCAACAGUGUUCACAGACAAGAAACCUCAUGGAGAAACAAACAACCAGGGGCGGAGGGCGACCACUUAAAGUUCAGGUGAUGCAGACAUACAUUAUAGCCCACCAGAUGUUUGCAUCCAGGCUGCUAACAUGGCUUCACAACAUUCUUGAGAUGGCUCAAGCCUUCAGACUUAUCUUCAGUGACAUUGUGAACAGGGAUGGUGGUAGCAUCGUGGAGAACAUCAUCUGGACAGACACCAAGAUGUGGAAGACAGCUCGUAUACAGUGGCACCGCCUCUUUAUUUCUGGGAUGCUCAUGGAUCAGGAAAGCAAGAAAAUGUUUGCCAGGACUUUUACCAAACACUACAGCAAGAUGAUGAAAGAUUUCAUCCUGGACGAUCACGACCAUGCAGUGUCCGUUGCCUCGUUGGGUGUGCAGCUGUUUACUAUGCCUACCAUUGCUCAUAUGCUAGUGUCAGAGGAGGACGUGCUGGCGCGACUCCUCAACACCUUUUUGUCAGAGUGUGACAUGAAACUUAAAGAUAACAAGUUAGCCUUGGAACACCGCAGCUCCAACACAUCAGCUUUCCGUCGCAUCCAGUAUAUUCUGUAUGACCUCAAGUACUUGUUAGGAGUAAAACCAGAAGUUUGGACAGAUGGCCUCCGUCGAGGGUUCCUCCAUGGGUACACCCUCCUAUUGCGUCUCCUUGGUAUGAUGCAGGGCAUGGAUCCUAUGGUACGACAGGUGGGUACACACAUGGAGUAUGAACCAGAGUGGGAGUCGGCCUUCAACCUUCACAUCAAAUUAGCUGCUGUUAUCCCCCUUGUAAUUGAGUGGGCAGCAUCAGACCGCAUUGUGCUCAUCAAAGCAUAUCGGGCAUUAAUGAAGGACCUCGGAAACUUGUGUACAGAGGCAACACGGAGAAGGUAUGUGAGAGAGCUGCUGGAUUAUUCAGUAUCGUGCAUAGAGUAUGACGUCUCCUCGGCUCCAGUAUCAAUCCAUCUCCCACUCUCUCGUCUAGUGGCUGGAUUGACACUUCAUCUAGAUAAAUAUGGCCUUAACUACAACUCUCCUGAAUUCUUAGUAAAGGGAAAGCCAUCUCCAGAGGAGUUGAUGGAACCUGUGCUCAGAACACAAGUUAUGAUUGCUCAGGUCCAUGCUGGGAUGUGGAGACGUAAUGGCUUCUCCCUUAUCAACCAGAUCUAUUUUUAUCAUAAUGUGCGGUGCAGGCAAGAGAUGCUAGACCGUGACGUGAUGCUCCUUCAGAUAGCUGCUACUCUUAUAGACUCCAAUGAGUUCCUGGUACACCUCAUGAACAGGUUCAGCUUGAUGAGCUGGGCACGAGAAGACUAUGAGAUCAACUAUUUAAGAGGUAAUGAUGAAGACAACAUGAGACAAACAGUAAUACUGGUGGAAGAGUACCUGCAAUUGGUGAUGACACUGGUGGCCGAGCGCUACACGCCAGGCAUCGGGCAGGUUGAAGAAGAGGACAGAAUUAAGAAAGAGAUCGUCCAGCUCCUUUGUAUUGAACCCAUGCCACACUCGGUGCUCAACAAGGCCCUCCCUGAAGGAACCAACCAUGAGACAGGCAUGGAGAAGGUUAUUGACGAAGUUGCAGAUUUCAAGAAAUCAUCUGGUGCUACAAAAGGUUAUUUUGAACUUAAGAAGUCUUACUACUCUCACUACAACCUGUUCUUCUAUCACUACACAAGGGAGGAACAGAGCAAGUCAGAGGUUGGGCAGCGUGCAAGGAAGAAGGCAGCAGGUGAGGAGGAGUGCUGCCCACCCCCCAUCCCACCACCCUUUACUGUGCCAUUCACUAUGAUUGUCAACAUCCUUCAGUGUGACGUGUUUCUCCAUAUUAUUAAGACUGUCCUCAAGAGAAUGAGUGAAACCAAAGCUCAGAGUGUGAGUGAGUCACAGCUGCAGAAGGUCCUCCACUUGGUUGGCUAUGCACUUCAUGAGGAGGAACGAUACCACCGUAACAACGAUCCCUACUUUCAUUUCACCCGUCGUGCCCAGAAGAUUAAUCUCCUCUCCCUGCUCGAGGGUUUGGUUGGACAUCACCGAACAUCCACACACAAAGAUCUUUUGGCAUGGACCAUCAGAAAGUACCAUGCAAUUCUUAAUCUGUCCACGGACUCCACAAAACAAAGCCAGGCAUCAGAGGCAGUACUGGCCUCGACCUCAACCUCCGAGUCAGCCACAGCUACAGCCGAGAAGAAAAGGAGGGCCGACAUUGCCGCCCAGAGAAAAGCUCGUAUUAUGGCUAAGAUGGCCUCUAUGCAACAAAAUUUCAUCAAGACAAAUGAAACAUUUUUUGAGGAAACUCCCUCAACAGAACAGGUAGCAGACAUCCCAGAGACCACCCCCAUGGAAUUAAGUGAGCAAUUAACUGAGGACAUGAUAGCAAUUGGUCCACGCCAGACACUAAGACCGCCUUUGGAAGUAACGUACACAUGCAUCCUAUGCCAUCAAGAGGACAUUGUUGGUAGAGGAGAUGGUAGCACAGGGAGGCCAAUGGUUCUUGGUGCCCUCAUUCAAAGAUCUACUGUGUUAUCUCGUAACCGUACCCGACAUUUGGACCAACCUGAGAGUCAUGACCCACUGUUGUUGCCUUCAGACUUGCACUGGGGUGCACAUACUUCUUCUUGUGGUCAUGCCAUGCAUGCACAGUGUUGGCAGAAAUACUUUGAUGAUGUACUUAUCAAAGAGAGGCGGAGACCUUAUCGUUUUCGUCAAAACCUGAGCUUUGACAUAGAGAAGUCCGAGUACUUGUGCCCUCUGUGUGAGGCUCUGUGCAACACUGCUCUUCCACUGCUGCCUGGCGUCACAAGCACAGCGGCCAGCCUCCAGAACCAAGAUCAGCCUCCCCCCCCACCAAGCAUCUCUAUAACAGAUUGGUUGAGGGGACUACACACCAUACUCAAGUACAAGACAGUGGUGAUGUCUGGAGCUCGUCCCGAGGAGGAAAGUAAUCAUGCUGACGAUGGGCAGAUGGACAGCGCCACUGCGAGGUGUCGUGCCAACAUCAGGUGCCAUGGUUACCCACGGCGCUGUAAGUGUGCCGGCAACAGCCAGCCCCAUGGGUGCUGGGGGAAAUACCUCCAUUUUAGUGGUUGGGUUGGCUGGAGGUGGAGGGUCCUCCACAAGUUUGGGGACAGCGGCAUUACUAAGGCAUAUGCAAGGGAUGGGGGCAGAGGGGCAGACCGCCACGCUGGUCCAGACUCCCACUCUACAAGAAACACAAAAACUGUUGACCUCAUGUCAAUCGCAUCUCCUGAAACUGCAGAGGCUUUUAGUGUACUCUUCAACAACCCUGCAGCCACCACCAUACCCACCUUCCCCAGCCAUACGUCAGAAAUGAUGUCUAACUUCGCCCAUGCUGUUUACAUGGUGAGUUUCCGCGGCCUUGGUGUAAACCCCAAUGCAUCAAGUAGACGUAUUCCCAUGGUAUGGGACAGUGCAGCCUACACUAUACAUACCUUGGAAGAGACACAGCGAAAUGCCAAUCGUGCCCUCCUUACUGCAUUAUCAGCUCGCCAGCGUGACUGCCUCGCUGCCCUUGUCAAAUUUGCAGCAUAUGUUCCCUUGUGUGUGAAGAAGAAACAGAUGAUUGAAGGUGCUGUCGUUCGCCUUCUAAGUUACAUUCUGGAGGGAGGGGAGGCAGCGCCUUGUGUGGUUGAGUGGGACACCUUUAGCCUGUUGGUCACACUCAGCUUGGGAUUGCCAUCCAUAUUCCCCAACAUUCAAGGAAUAGCCAUUGGUUGUCAGCAGGAUCUACACCUACUUCAAGUGUGCUUCCUGGCUCACCUGGUGCAGCUCCUGCUGACCUAUGAGGGUCACACAAGCAACUCAAAUAUGGAAGUUGAUGAUGAGACUGAUGAACAGAGUGAUGAAGGCACCAGUACUACUGGUAGCAGUGACGCUACAUGGCUUAUGUCCAUGUUUACUCAUUGCCGAUCACUAGCCAACCUGCCAACAACUAAUGUAGAACCUCAGCACCUCCUCAGUUAUGUUAAAGAGAGCUGCUUGCCAUUCUUGAGGUGCUGUGGUCUGUUCUUCCAUUUCCUGACAGAGGUCCCUGCCCCAGAGGAGCUUCAGUCUUCUGUCUGGGUGCCAGAGUCCGAGUUCUAUUGUCUCCUUCGCUAUCUUGGCCUGGCAGUAAACCAACUCAGACCAACAUUCAUUGAACCAGCACUGUCAGAACUAGUCAACAAGUGGUGUAGUGACAGUCGUGUAGGAGCCAUGGUUUCUGGUGCCGGUAGUGAAGGUUGUAUGAGGUCUUGGGUACGCAUUAAUCAGCUGGUCAGCCUUCCACAUGACUACUCCGAGCUGAUCAACACUGUCUCACAAUUCCCGUGUCCUGCAUCAUCUGGAGAUGAUUCUCGGACUCCUACAAUGUGUCUUGUAUGUGGGAAAAUGUUAUGUUCACAGAGUUACUGCUGUCAGACUGAGUUCCCAGAAGGGUCAAGACAGAUGGUGGGUGCUUGUACAUACCAUGCUCACCAUUGUGGAGCAGGAACAGGAAUAUUCCUCAGGGUGCGAGAGUGUAAGAUCUUACUAUUGUCAGGACGUAUCAAAGGAUGCUUCGUCAACCCACCUUACCUUGAUGAGUAUGGAGAGACUGAUCAAGGCUUGAAGCGUGGAAAUCCCUUACACCUGGACGCUAAACAGUAUGCACGCCUCCAUACCAUGUGGCUUUCCCACUCCAUACCUGACACCAUUGCUCACACAAUGGAGAGCAACUCGAGUGUUAUGGCGACAGAGUGGCAGCACCUCUAAUGGCUCAAUUUGUGUAGACACUGUAAUAGCUGCCAGAUCAGGGAUAUUCAGCCCAAGUUGCUGCUUCUGUAAGGUUCAGUAUACUUGUACGGCAAAUAGUCUGGUGAGGAGUGUUGUUAUACACCACAUGUGAGGCUCACACACCAAGUUCACCAAGUGGAGCUCUUUAGUAAGGGUUGUUUCUGUUAUAUUCUUUUAUCUUACUAAGCUUAUAUUUUUUUUUUUUAUGUUUUUUCAAUAAACACUUCACUUACUGUCUGUAGAUGAAACUUUAAGAGGAGAAGAAGAGGAUAUCCAAAUAAUCUUUCAUCUCUUUCUCCCUUUCUCUCAACAACUCUUUUUGUUUUUGGUAAUCGUGUCCAAAUCACCUAACUGAUUAACGUAAUGCAAUCUUGUUGUGACAGAAUUGUUGUUUGUUUGUGGUUAUAUCACAGCACCAGUUGUACUUCUCUGUAAACACAAAGUUCUAAGUCAUUGGAUAUAUAUAUAUAUAUAUAUAUAUCAGUACACCACAGUAUGACCUUGACAAGUAGACUGAAUCCUAACAAACAUAAUAAUAAUAAUCAAAGCUUUAGGUAGAUUUUGAAUUUAUUGUGUAAGCUGAGUGAAAGUAGGAAAGAUUCAUUUACUUACGUGUACAGAAUUGUUCAUUUUCAUACAUGUGCAGAAUUGUUUACUUUGGUACAUGUACAGAAUUGAUGUCGACUAAGAACUGUUCACUUUUGGGAUUCUUAGUCACUGUUACAGUGUGUAGCAACUUUUUAUUUGUUGGUUGCUAAGUGUUUAAUGGAAUGAUAGGGUGCGACUCACUUAACAACAAGCAAUCAAUCACUGACUGUGGACUGUGACAGUUUUUGAGGAUGUCAAAACGUGUGCAGAAUGUAGUUGGUAAAUGUUACACUAAAAGAGCAAGA